UGGGCUAACGUGACCACAAACCUGUCGCAGCUAGUACCGCUCGAGCUUGUGGACAAAUGUAUAGGAUCGAGAAUUCACAUUGUGGUGAAGAGUGAUAAGGAAAUUGUUGGCAUGCUUCUAGGAUUUGAUUACUUUGUCAAUAUGAUACUGGAGGAUGCCACUGAGUUUGAAAUCACACAGGAAGGAAGGAUUACUAAAUUAGAUCAGUUUUUGCUAAAUGGAAAUAAUAUAACAAUGCUUGUUCCUGGAGGAGAAGGACCUUAAGUAUGAAUGGAUUUCCGUUUCUUAUGCUAGAUUAUGGUUUGUUUAUAAUGACAAGAAAAUAGAAAUUUCUUUCAACCUUUUAGUAUUUGGAUUCUGUAAAGCUAAGUUUCCCGUUGAAAGGAAAUGCUUUGAAAAUGCAUUGUAAAUGCCCGUUUUUGUAAGUUACUCAUGAUUAUCUUAGAAAAAGAACAGUUUUUUCUUUGAAGACAAAAAUAAAAGUGUUUUUGGUUAACUGUCAUUUUAUUUAUUAUACCAUAAUAGCCAGUGGAACAAAGAUUGUAGUUAUGAUUGUCACUUGCUUUCCUGUCAUUUUAUGCCUAUUUGCUUCAUUUGCACAACCAUUUGAUUCUUAAACAAAAAGUGUUCUAAAGUGAUGACCUUUGAUUUUGAACAGCUGUAUUUAAAAAACCUGAAAUGAUUAUUUACAAAAUUCACUUCAAACAAUGAUAUAUUGAAAUAAGGAUUUUUCUGCUGAACUCAAGUUCCAUUAACUGCUAUUAAAAACAAACCAGCGAAAUAUGCAGGUAACAUAUACCCACUGUAGAAAUGCAGGUAAGUAAAAAGGGAAAUAUUCUUCACUCUUUUCUGUAUAUCCUUUUAGACUUUCUCAGUACACUUUCAGUACACAUUUUAUCUUUACACAACUUGCUCAUCCUGAAUAUUCU